AUGACAAAACCAGUGGUAACUCGAAUAUUUAACUCAACACGAGCUCAAAGAUAUCAUCAUAAUCUUGAAAGUUUGCCGGAAAUUAAAUCCGUUAGUUUGCUAACUCUGCCAAAAGUUCUCACAGCUGUUGGCUUAUUUGCGGCAGUCGUCACAGUUGUCGUUGUUCCAACGGUUGUCUUGCGAAAAGGUUCAAACAAGAGUGAUACAUUAACCGACAUAACACCUGGUUAUACAGAAUAG